ACCCCAUCCAGAGAAUUUCCAGCAGCAGCGCAGCAGCAGCUCACUCACUCCCCUCCCCCUGCUCCCUCCACUCUCGCAGUCGCAGCGCAAGUCUCUUCAGUUCAGCUUCUCUUCCAAAACCCAAGCACCAGCACGUGGUACCAUCCCAAACCACAAGGCUCCAGCCAUGGCGGCCGCCGGAGCAGCGAUGCGUCUGCGGCUCCUGUACCGGAUGCUGCGCGUGGGGGAGCUCCUCGCGCUGGUGGCGUUCCUGUCCUGGUCGUCGUCCCGCGUGCCUUCCGCCGCCGCCGCCGCGCUGCGUCUCGCGGGGUCGCUCCUCCUCAACGCCCGCUUCGUCUUCGUCCUCGGGAACGCCAUCGUGCUCCUCCUCCUCGCGCUGUCGCGGCGCGAGCGCGACCUCUCCUCGUCGUCGUCGUCGUUCUCCUCCGCCUCCGGCGGGCAGCAGACGAGCACGACCGCCGGCACACCGCCACCGCAGGACGCCGCCAGCGCCGUAUUCCCUUCCUCGUUUUCCGAUGCUCCUACAGCUCCACCGGCUCCCUCCACAUCGCUGGAAGCCUUCAGCGCGCCCCCACCGGCCCCGGCGUCCGACGACAGGCCCGGGAGCCCCGCGGCGGCGCGGGCGAGCAAGCUGGCGCGCGCCGCGCCGCGGCGGAGCAGGUCGGAGAAGAUGGCGGCGGGCCCGCGGCUGCUGCAGGUUCGGCGCGCGGCGUCCCCGCCGGCGGCCCCCGAGCUGCGGCGGACGGAGUCGGAGAACGGGCGGCGGCGGCGGUCGUCCGUGUCGGCGCGCGCGUGCCGCUGGGGCGCGGACGACGCCGACGAGUUCCGGCGCACGGUGGAGGCGUUCAUCGACAAGCACAAGCGGUUCCACCGCCAGGAGUCGAUGACGCUGGCCGUCGUCGCGGGGACCGGGUCCGGGUCCGGGUCCGGCGGGCACUGCGAGGCCGCCCCGGCCUUCACUGGCGCCCUGGCCGUCGUGGAGUAGUUUAGCCGAACUUGUCGUCCUGUGCAGCAGAUCGAGUACAUAGCGGAGUCGGGCGACGCUUCCGUCGCCGAACUUGUCGUCCCGUCAGUGUCCAUAGCUUGUCAAGGCUCCUUCCUUCCUGUUGUUCCUUGAGAAGGGCGAGCUUUUCAAGUGUUUUCUCUUUUUUUUUCCUUCGUCUUGCGCCAUAGGAGAGAGAGAGAGAGAGAACCCUGUGACUACGAAACGGGGGUUUAGCGUUGGAUGCGCGGCGUGGAUCCGGAUCCAACGGAGCGGCCGAUGAACUUUACUCUCGUCCGUUUGGCAGCCAUGGAAAUGGACGGAAAUUGCAUGCA